GAGAAACCCUAGCGGCGAGUUAGCAUUUCGUGCUCUGCUCUCGCGCUCGGCCAAGGGACUGUUUGAUACAAGAUGAAGUUCAAUAUUGCGAAUCCGACCACUGGGUGCCAGAAGAAGCUGGAAAUUGAUGACGAUCAGAAGCUCCGAGCAUUUUUUGACAAGAGGAUCUCUCAGGAAGUCAGUGGAGAUGCUCUUGGAGAGGAGUUCAAAGGUUAUGUUUUCAAAAUCAUGGGUGGUUGUGACAAGCAAGGGUUUCCCAUGAAGCAGGGAGUACUAACUCCUGGUCGUGUCCGCCUGCUGCUGCACAGGGGUACACCUUGCUUCCGUGGGUAUGGAAGGCGUAAUGGAGAGCGCAGGAGGAAGUCAGUUCGUGGUUGCAUCGUUAGCCCUGACCUCUCAGUUCUAAACUUGGUUAUUGUUAAGAAGGGUGAGAAUGAUCUUCCUGGACUAACCGAUAUUGAGAAGCCUAGAAUGAGGGGACCAAAGAGGGCCUCCAAAAUUCGCAAACUAUUCAACCUUUCCAAAGAGGAUGAUGUUCGCAAGUACGUCAAUACAUACCGCCGAACCUUCACAACAAAAUCAGGCAAGAAGUGCAGCAAGGCACCAAAGAUACAGAGGCUUGUGACUCCCUUGACUUUGCAAAGGAAGCGUGCCAGGAUUGCAGAGAAGAAGAAGAGGAUUGCCAAGGCCAAGUCAGAAGCCGCAGAGUACCAGAAGCUGCUUGCAACCAGGCUCAAGGAGCAGAGGGAGCGCAGGAGCGAGAGUUUGGCCAAGAGGAGGUCCAAGCUUUCUGCUGCCUCCAAGCCAUCCAUCGCAGCCUAGAUCAUGGUUUUCUCAAGGAACCAACCAGACAAAGAUCAGUACGUGCUUUACUCUUUGCUAUAAACAGACUGAUAGCAUAAUUACUUUUAUUUAGAUAAUGGAUACUACUUGAACAUUGUUUCCAUGUUUUUGCAAUUUGGAUGUUGGCGCUGAAAAUUGAUUUGCUUUGUUAGUCUCCAA